GCCAGAGCAUCGGGCCCCAUCUGCACGCCUCUCUCUCCCUCUCUCCCUCUCUCUGUCUGCUUUUAUCCGUGCAGCUCUCUCUCCCUGCCCCGCUCCUUCACUGCCAGUGUCGGCGGCAGCAGCAGCAGCACUGUCACUUUCAGCACACUGGGGAGGAAAUGUACUGAUACUACUGAGCAGCCCGGGAGCACAUCACCAUCUCCAUCAUCACCUCCAUCACCGUCACCGCAUCCCCCCUCGCGUCUUUUCGGGGCUUUUUUUUCCCGGAUUGAUUCGCAGCAUCGCUCUCAAGUCGUUUGUGGAUUAUUGUUCCCUCCUCAUCGACGGAAAGUGUGAAAUGGAGGAGUCCAGCUCUCAGAAGUUGGUGUGGGAUGGGGACGCCAAAGCGGUGCAGCAGUGUCUCACGGACAUUUUUACGAGCGUCUACACAACGUGCGACAUCCCGGAAAACGCCAUUUUCGGGCCUUGCGUGCUGAGCCACACGUCUCUGUAUGACAGCAUCGCCUUCAUAGCUCUGAAAUCCACCGACAAACGCACAGCACCUUAUAUAUUCAGGGUGGACACUUCAGCGGCCAACAGCACCUCGGAGGGCUUGAUGUGGCUGCGGCUGGUCCAGUCAGCCCGGGACAAAGAGGAGCAGAACCUGGAGGCCUACGUGAAGAACGGCCAGCUCUUCUACCGCUCGCUCCGACGCAUCGAGAAGGACGAGGAGUUGCUGGUCUGGUACGGCAAAGACCUCAUCGACCUGCUGCUGCUCAGUUCCAGCAGAGUGCCUCCCAAAAGCAAAGGUUCAUCCCACCACUCCUGUCCUGACUGCAGCCAGCGGUUCCAGUUUGAGUUCCCUUUCUUGGCCCAUCUCCGGUUCCGUUGCACCAAGAGACUGCAGAGCAUUGGUGCAGUCGACGAGGAGCACAGCAAAGACAGCAGCAGAGAGCGACCAAACUCAACCCCAACCAGGACCAGCCCAAAGGUGGUCCGUUCCGAAGGCUUCAGCAGUCCUCAGGACAACAAUAAACCCUCCACAGACUUUCAUAACCUGGCCAGGGAUCUAGAGAACAACCGGACCAGCCCGCCGAGUGACAAGGAGGCUGAGAUCUGCAGCGAGAGCUCGGGCAAGAGGAAGUUCUCCGAAAUAGAGGACAGGGAGUGCAGAGGACCCAGCCUUCCGCAGUCCAAGUCUAAAGACGAGCUUGCAACGUCUGUGCAGAAUUACAGAGGAGCGUAUGGCCUAGAGGAGAACCACCGGUCCUUCUCCCCACCAGGCUCCAUAGAGCUGGGGGAGGUAAAGCGCAGCGCCUUUACUGAGGUUAAGUCAGCCCAGAACUCUAAACAGCACAGCAGCAGCAAAAGCCUCCAGAGCUCCAACUCUGAAAACAAAGAUGGAGGUCGGCCCAGCAGCAACCCCUCGGAGAAGCACCUUAACAUCAGGUCUGUGCUGUCGGAGACGCAGCCGCCCCAAAGCUCGCCCAUGGGCAGUGCUUUCACCUCCGUCAGCCAGCAAGGAGGUGGCAGUGGUGGGGAGAGGAAGAGUGCCUUCAGUCAGCCAUCUCGCUCCUUUUCGCAGAUCUCACCACUGGUGAUGCCACCCAAGCUGCUGGACUGCCACCCAGCGGUGGGCGACACCAUCUCCUCCAACAGACUCUACCAGGCUGACCACCUUGCUGCCAAGCUGCAGGGUGCAGAACUGGGCGCCAACUGCCCCGUGCCGGGCGGCAUGGCCAAGCAGAACCCCUUUGUCUACGCCACCGCCUUCUGGCCCAAGAACUCCGGACCUAUCCAGCUUCAGAUGCCCUCAGCUCUCACCCUGCUGCCUCCCUCAUUCACCUCGCUCUGUCUGCCCGCUCAGAACUGGUGCGCCAAGUGCAACGCUUCCUUCCGCAUGACCUCAGACCUGGUUUACCACAUGCGAUCCCACCACAAAAAGGAGUACUCCAUGGAGCCUCUGGUCAAGCGGCGGCGCGAGGAGAAGCUCAAGUGCCCCAUAUGCAACGAGUCCUUCCGGGAACGGCAUCACUUGUCACGUCACAUGACCUCCCAUAACUGACUUUUUAAAACUAACAAGGACGAGACUUUUGUUUAACAUGGACGGAUUGUCAACCUGCCUGGAUUUAAGCACUCCGACUGGAAAUAGACCACUUAAAAACACAAGAACACCCCUUGCACUUACUUUCACUUUGGACUUUAAUCUUUGAAUUCCUUUUCUGUCUGUUUGCUUUUACUCCCCUGUAAAAACAAUUAAUGUUUUGGGUGUAUGCAAAUGCGUUUUGACUUCAAAAAUGAAUCUAUUUAUGAAAAGUUCACUUAAAAGUUUGAGAAUAAGGGAAGAUUUAAAUAUGUGUAAUUGUACAGUAAGUUGUAUUUUAUAUCAUAUAAAUGCAAAUAUAGAGAAAAAUUACAAAUGUAGUCAUACAUCAUGGUUUACAACGCAGCAAGUUUUUUCAUGUCUACAACGAAUAUGGACACAAAUUGGGGAUAUUAUGUCAGACUAUAUUUCAGAGUGCAUGUAAUAUUAAAUGAUAUUGAUUUAAGAUGCAGUCUAUACAUUACAAUGUAAAUAAUUUGUUUUAUUUGAAAUACAAAGUGUAAUAUUUUGUGUCAG